AUGCCAGAUGUAAGCCCAAAACCAACCGCUACUAGAGCGGUUAGCCAAGGGACCUUCUUUCGCGGAGUAGAUGUCCCGUUGACUGGAUUGGUCGAUAAAGAACGGCACCGAGCAGUACGAGAUCUAGCCAGAUCAAGGUACACUGCGUCAUAUGCCUUCUUCGAGGCGCUAUGGGAGCUCGGAGUUGAAAAUUGCUUCGUCAAUCUGGGCUCCGACCAUCCCAGUAUCAUGGAGGCUAUGGCGAAGGGUUUGAAAGAAAAGCCGAACGACUUCCCCAAGAUCUUCACCUGUCCCAAUGAGAUGGUCGCCUUAUCCAUGGCGGAUGGAUAUGCCCGGGUUACGAAUCAACCACAAUGUGUCAUCAUUCAUGUUGACGUGGGAACGUCCGGCCUGGGAGCUGCGAUUCACAACGCUGCCACAGGCAGAGCCCCGGUUUUGAUCUUUGCGGGUCUUUCUCCGUUUACUCUGGAUGGUGAAAUGAGGGGUUCUCGCACGGAGUAUAUUCACUGGCUGCAAGAUGUGCCUGAUCAGAAGCAGAUUGUGGCACAGUAUUGCAAAUACACAGGUGAGAUUCGCACCGGUAAGAACGUGAAGCAAAUGGUUGGUCGCGCACUACAAUUUGCCACGAGCGAUCCCAAAGGGCCGGUCUAUCUAAUGGGAGCUCGGGAGGUGAUGGAGGAGAUUAUACAACCUUACCCUCUCCUACCAGAGCACUGGAAGCCCUGCAGUGUGGCCGCUAUUCCGGAGCCUGAAGUCCAGCUCCUUGCAAAUGAGCUAGUACAGGCUAAGCAACCGCUUCUUAUCACGGGUUAUAGCGGCCGAAACCACGAAUGCGUCGGAGCGCUAGUCGAUCUAGCAGAUACGGUGAAGGGUCUACGCGUCUUGGACACAGGUGGUUGCGAUAUGUGCUUCCCAGCGGAUCAUCCUGGUUGGCUUGGAAUGAGAUAUGGGUCGGACCCCUCGAUUGAGACUGCUGAUGUGAUUCUUAUUCUCGACUGCGACGUACCUUGGAUCCCUACCCAGUGCCAGCCUCAAAGCACUGCUCGAGUUUUCCAUAUUGAUGUUGAUCCAUUGAAAAGGCUGAUGCCUCUGGCGUAUGUCCCAGCCUUGCGGCGAUAUACAGCUGAUGCAUACACAGCAAUCCGUCAGAUCUGUUCCUAUAUUUCAUCAUCGUCGGAAUUGACGGUCACCUUGAAUUCUCAGGAAUUCGCAAGUCGGUGGACCUCGCUCCAAGAGCAGCAUCAGAAUCGAAUUCAAAACAUUGAUACACAAUGCGCGCUCCGCCCAGGAAAUACCUUCAAUGCAUCCUAUCUAUGCAAAAAGAUUCGCGAGCUCGUCCCCGGAGAUACAAUUUUUGCCGCUGAGGCAGUCACCAAUUCGGUGCUCGCUGCAGAUCAGAUACGGGCUAUCCUUCCGGGCCAGUGGAUUAAUUGUGGUGGAGGAGGUUUGGGAUGGAGCGGUGGUGGUGCUCUCGGUAUCAAACUAGCCGCAGAUGCAAUCAACGCAGCUCGCGGCAUAGAUCAGAAGCCGAUGAUCGUUCAGAUUGUGGGAGACGGUACAUUCCUUUUCAGCGUUCCGUCAAGCGUAUACUGGAUUUCUCAUCGUUAUCAAAUUCCAAUUCUCACAGUCGUGCUCAAUAACAAAGGUUGGAACGCUCCACGAAGAUCAAUGCUCCUUGUGCAUCCAGACGGUCUCGGAUCGAAGGUGAAUAACCGUGACCUUAAUAUCUCUUUCGAUCCUAGUCCAGACUAUUCGGGCAUUGCGAGAGCUGCAAGUGAUGGAAAUAUCCAUGCGGCCCGGGUUAGCGAUGUAGGACAACUGGAGUCGGUGCUCAAAGAAGCGAUUGAUGUCGUCCGGAAUGGAACCUCGGCCGUUGUGGACGCAUUUGUUCCAUGA